AGUAGGAGCACAGCAACUCCCAAACCAAGAUCCAAUCACCCCAUUCAAGAAGCUCCGGCCGAACCUGGGACAGCGUCUGCGGAUCCCACAACAGCCAGCUCAGGAGACCAGUCAUCCUCAGUCCCCGGGACUACCUGAGAAGACCUGUUAGUGGACGGUCGUCUGAUAUUCAUCACACGCCCUGCUUCUGUGCGGCAAAAUUCAACAUAACUGUAUUCCCAGAAGUAUGUGAUGUAAUACGAAGACGUGCCAGCACACGCAAAUCAUCCUGCCGAAGCCAGGAGGCAGCGAGGCCGGAACUCGGGUAGCCGAGCGGAUCCUCGCCUGCCCGGCCCCGGCCCGGCCCGCCCCCCGAGGGUGCUGACGUCAGUGGCGGGGACGAACGCUUUGUGGAAGAUGGAAGCACGAUCAGGGAUCGGGACUUUGCCGCUCGCGCGCGCCCUCACGCUCGCGCUCAUCGCCGCCGCCGCGGUCGGCGUCCGUUGUCUGAAGGGCGAGGGCGAGGGUGAGGGUGAGGUGGUUACUACCGUUACAGGAAAGCUAAUGCUGACUACUGGAAAUCAUUCAGCAAAUACUCCCGUCAGUGUAACAUCCCAGGCAACUCAUUCAGAAAAUAAGCAAUUAGCUAAGAACACCACCACCACCACCACCACCGCCACGUCUGCAACCACACCAAUUCCGACUACAACAACAGUCAGAAAUGUAACCAAACAUCCAGUAGGAACAAUACAGAGAGAAACUGGGCAAAAUCCUGAGCAAGUGGCCCCAAAAUUAGUCGCGUCAACAGUGAAAGUUAAUGUUACUGAACCAGAUACGGAAAUAAUUGUCAUUGGCACAGAUAUUGAUGAUGAUGAAACAAUUACUUCAAAUAUAAUUCCAGAAAAGAUGGAUGAGAUGACAGAUAACCAGCUGUUGGUUGUUGAGCAGGAUAAUUCACCAUCCUAUUACGAUCAAGGUGAAGACAGAGGAGCAGAGGAGUAUUUUGAUGAAAACCAAAUGGAUGAGAAUGAUUUGGAAAGUGAUGACUUGGAGGAACCUCCUGAACUCCCUGACAAACCAAUAUAUAUUGCCACACCUGAAGAAGAUGAUAGUCACUUCUUUUUUUACUUGGUUGCUGCUGCUUUUCUGAUUGCUGUUGUUUACAUUACAUAUCACAACAAAAGAAAGAUUUAUAUUCUCUUAGUUCAAAGCAGACGAUGGAAGGAUAGUCUGUGCUCAAGGACAAUUGAAUAUCAGCGGUUGGACCAAAACAUACAUGAUGCUAUGCCAUCACUUAAGAUUACGAAGGACUAUAUUUUCUAAAUGCAUUAUUUCAAUUCAGUUGCAUUUGUUUCACUUUUUUUGUUUGACUUUUGUUGUUGGAGCAAUGCAAAUUUUAAAAAAACUUACCUGUGUUUAUCGUAAAUUCUGUUUAAUAAUAAGACCAUAAAAUAACGUUGCUAAUCUUCAAGCACAUACCUGGUGAUGAUAAUCUGAAUCACUGCAUCUGUUUUAUUGGAUUAUCAGUUGCAUUGGCUGUUGUGAUUAGGACGAAGAAUCUACUUUCCCUUGCUGGCAGGUUAAUCAAAUCUAAACAAUAUUUUUUCAAAAUUGGCAGCUGAAUAUUUACUAAUUUUUCUUUAAUGACAUUGUCUGAAUUGAAUUACUGUUAAGAGCUCAGUUAAUGGAAUUUUAUAAAUGUCUAAUUUUGACAUUGAAUUGAGUUUCCUAAACAAAAAUUAAAUGGACAGAAGAUGUAUACUUUAGCAAUGGGCUACUUAUUUCUAUCAAUGACCUAUCUUCUUAAAAAAGUCAACAAAAUUGCUACGUCAUCAUGAAAAGUUGGGAUGAAUUAUUUUUGGGUGUCAUACAGUUAUUUGUCUUAAUACCUUGUGCUAUUAAAAUAUUGCCUAUAGUGUUAAAUAGUAAUUCAGCCAAAACCAGGUUAAAGUAUAUAAGCUGCCUGUAGCCUUAGCAAAAUGCAUGAACUUCAAUAUUUUUUUUCUUUCUUCCUUACCCCAAUCAUUCCAAAGUACAUAUCCAUUGAAACAUUUUGCUUUCUUUAAUGUAUUAGCGCACUAUUUUGCAAUUUCAGUAUACUUUAAGAAAAUUGUGUACUUCAGUUUAUCACUUAUUUCUAUAGAUAUGAGCUUCAGUGACACAAAUAACUUGUCAAAACUUUUGAAUCUGAUUCAAAAAUAUUUUAGUGAGACUAGUUUCUGGAGUAGGUUUUAUUACCUGAGUAACCAAGCAAGAUUUUUGAAAGAAAUUGAUUUAGUUAUCUAACUUGUAUUUAAGAAAUUGUCAAAUUCUUAAAAGAUCAAGGCUGAAAUUGGUUGGCUUAAAAUGAUUUGACCGGUGAAUUUACAUGGCAGAUGAAAGUUGCUUAAGAGCUUAGUCUGCUUUGAAUGCUGUUUACGUACAUGUUAGAUAUUUUGUCAGAAGCAUUGCAAAAGGAGCACAAAUCAAAAUAUGGUAAUUUUUUGGUCUCAACUUGUAUGUUUUAAUAAAGUUUUUGAAUAUUUCAUUGA